AUGCAGCGACGCAGUGGCCUGCUCUUGAGCAUGGCUUCCAGAUAUUCCAGAUAUGAUCCGGACCGGCGGUCGCGCUCUCCCAGGGACCGCUCGCCGGAUCGCUUCGACCGUGGACCGCCGUAUGACCAGGAUAGACGCCGCUCAUCCGCCGAAUCGAGAGGAAACCCCGGUGGCUUCCCCCCCAAUCGCGACGGCUUCGGUGACUCCAUGCGAAGAGACCCGCCGCGCGGUCCCAAGGCCCUUAUCGACAUGCCCAAUGGUCCCCGCGGUGGCUUUGGAGGAGAUUUUCGUGGCGGUCGCGGUCGUGGCAGGGGUCGCCCAUGGCCUGCUCGCGAUGAUAGUAGAGAACGCGGCAGGGAAAGAGAUGUUGACUUUCGCGACCGUUAUCGCGAUGACCGUAGCCGCGAGCGAGACCGCGAUCACAGGGAUAGAGAGUGGCGCGACCGGGGAGAUUUUAUUCGCAGGCGAUCCCCCAUUGGGCGACCCAGAUCACCCAACCGAGACUUUAGGGAUCGUGAACGCGAUGCACCACCGCCAGUUGAUGUGGAACGACCUCGUCGGGGCUCUCGUGACGCUGGGCCCCUUUCGGCUGGAUCUACUGCAUCUGACCAACCCUUCAGCGGCCCUUCGUUUGCUCGCGGAGGUGGCUUUAUGAGAGGUCGUGGGAGAGGGGGACGAGGCGAUUGGAACUCCGACCGAGGUAGAGGGCGCACUCCCUACGAUGACCGCAAUGACCGCUAUCCUAGGAGUCGUUCUCAAGAGGGACGCUGGGGUAGAGAGCGCGACGACCGAGACAGAGGGGACCGUUAUCCUCCUGACGAUGGCCGCAGAGAUCUUCGUGACGACCGCGACAGAUCUGACAGAGAUCACCUUCGAGUCAAGCCAGAUGCCCGCACGCCAAACCCGGCAGAGUCGGCACCGCAGUCCCGCGAGGUGUCGCCUCCUCCCAUCGCACCAUCCGCCCCAGCAUUUGGCUCCGUACCAAAUAGAGGAUCGAUAUCCAUCGACGGGACGGGAAAGCCGCCUUCCAUGCCUCGGGCACAUAGCGACCGUCCGCCUUCCUCAGGCCAUUUGGGACCCGACAGCCCUUCCAUGAGCACCCGUGGCCCCCCACAGGGCCCUAGUCGACAAUUUGGCAGAAGAAUACCGGACUCUCCCAAAGCUAUGCGGUCGCAAACCUUUGCGUACGGAGGCGACUAUCCAGAGCAACGCCGGCCCCGUAGUAGCGGAGCAAACUCUGAUUCCAUCACCGGCAUAGAAAACCGAUCGCGGUCCAAUUACAGUGCCGAGCCAGGCGAGAUUGUUAAAAGCGAAAACGACACGCAAGACUCGAAACACUUGGCUGCCGAUCUCGAUGAAGGUGAACUUCCCCAAGAAGACGAAACGCCGUCAGCUCAAAAGCCCGAUACCAAAGCUGUCCCGCUGAGGGUAACUCGUAAGCGGAAACGACCUGUCGUUGGGGUUGUUCGAUUUUCCCUCCCGCCGAAGACUUCGAAAGACGAUGACUCUGAAUCCGACGAUGACGAAGAUAUGGCCGACUACUUUGACAUGGAGAUCAGUAAAACUGAAGCCGAGCUGAGCAAGCUCCAUCAGCCUGAAUUGCCACUCGAAGUCCUUUCGCGCUAUGCCUCGCUCUCUCAUGGAGCAAUGGUGAAAAUACUCAAUGACCAUGAAAGGUUGACCGAGAUGCUUGGCGAACCACCGGAAGGCAUUGCGAUUGCCCCGACCAAGGAAGAAGUGGAGGUGGCCAAGCCUGUCCAGGACGAAGCUGCUGCAGCAGAACCCCAGCCAAAGCCAGAAGAAAGCACUCCCGCCUUCGCUGAUGUUCCGGAGGCGACCAAACCCGAGGAGUCGACUGUUUUACCUGUGGCUACAGUUCCGGAGCCUGAGAGCAAAGCAAAAGAGCCAGGGCAGAAGCUAGAGCAGGCACCAGAGCAGGCACCAGAGCAGGCGCCAGAGCAGGCGCCAGAGCAGCGACCAGAGCAGCGACCAGAGCAACAGCCAGAGCAACAGCUAGAGCAGGAGCCGGAGCAGAAGCUUGAACAGGAGCCGAAGCAGAAGAUGAAGCAAGAACUCGGACAAGAGCCCAAGCAAGCACCGAAAGAGCCGGAGAAAGAACCGGAAGAGCCAAAGCAAGGGCUGAGGCGAGAGCCGGAGCAGAACCUAGAGAAAGGGCCGAGACAGGGGCUGGAGCAAGGGCCGGAGCGGGAAUUGGAGCCCGAGCAGCAGGCCACAGUGGUACUGCCGGUUCCUGAAGUCGACGACGCCAUCAAGGAGCCAGUACCUGAACCUGAACCCCAAGUCAACGGAGAUGCACAAGCUGCUCACCAACAGCCGGUGGAAUCCAAGACACUCGAACCUCUCCUGGCAAUGGAAACCACCGACACGGGAUCCAAGGUACCUAGCACUCCUUCACAAGUCGAGGACGAUGAGACGGAGUCUGAAGACGAGGCGUACCUGGACGUUGAUGCUAUUCGCCAGUACAUGACUACUCCACCACCCGACAGCCUUCCAACUUUCGCCUCGAAGCCCUGGGAAAAGGACACUGACUUCUUAGCAAGUCUUCAUCCUGAUCCCGAGGUCGAUAAAUACGUUGCGCAGCACAUGGACAAAGUCCACCUUGAUAGGGAUCAUGAACAAAAUGAGCAGCGCCACGUGUACGCAGACAAUUAUAUCCGCUAUCUCGAUUUCACGACCUCGAGCGAUCCGGUUGCGGUCAAGAGUCGAGACAAAUUCUCCGUCACAAUGCCAAUUCCAGAACCCGCUGCCGCUGCGACGCCUGAGCCAAAGCCCGAAGGCCGUACGUCAGGACGUCGCUUCGCCUCCGAACGUGAUCUUGAGCGAGUUCUUCAAGCCUCUAUGCGUGAAGAUGAGGAGCGAAGGGAACGUGAGCUUAGAAUACAAAAGGAAAAGUACCGCAGCGAGAAGGAGGCUGAUAUACCUAGCAUGUACUGGGACGCCGAAGAACGCCAGAGCGUACAGUACUGGGAUCAUUCUGGCUACGUGCCGCAAGACCGGCUAGUAUCUACUUGGCAGGUCCUUGCGCCGACAAACAACUUUACAAAGGAGGAAUCAGAACUUUUCGAGAAGCGAUAUCUGGAGCAUCCUAAGCAAUGGGGCAAGAUUGCAGAAGUCAUUCCCAACCGCGACUUUGGCACAUGCAUCCAGUAUUAUUACCUUAUGAAGAAGGACCUCAAUCUCAAAGAGAAGCUUAAGAAACAGCCCAAGAGGCGCAAGAAGGGCCGAGGCAAGCAGCGUUCUAGUGCCCUGAUGUCUGAACUUGGCAAUGCGGAUCCCGAGACGGAAGAUAAUCAGGAAACUGGAGAAAAUGGCGAGAGGCGUCGGCCGAGACGCGCUGCUGCUCCUACAUGGGGCUUUGAGCAGCCUCCCAUUGAUCCUGAUACUUCUACGCCUGUCUCAACCCCAGGUCGCCGUGGCCGAGGCGAAGGAGGAGAAAAGUCCGACGGACGGAGGCGCGGCAGAAAGUCAGCCAAAGACAAGGAUAAGGAGGCCAAAGAAAAGAAGACUAACCAGUCAUUGUCCGCCGCAUCUACUCCUGGACCAAGCAAGGGAAGACCACGGUCGUCUUCACGUAUGCCUGAAGGUCCUGUACCAGCGACCAACGAAAUCCAUCCCGCGAUACCCAACUUCGAGCAGGCUAUCCCCUCUGGCAUCCAGCCGCCGUUUUCUGUCCAUUCGCAGCCUAUGACUGGCAUCGAAAGGCAGGUCACGCCUGUAGCCCCGCCUCCCAUAGUAGAUGUGCUAUCGGCGCCGUCUCUUAGGCCGGAGCCGCCGCCCCCACCCCAGCCAGCAAUGGCAACGUUCAAUCUGUCACAGUCCAGCCAAGAUCGGAAGGCGGCUACGCAAGCAUCUAGUUACUGGAGUGUAUCCGAAUCCAACGAUUUCCCAUUGCUUCUUGCAGCAUUUGGGUCGGACUGGAACGCUAUUGCAAAUCACAUGGGCUCCAAAACUGCUGUCAUGGUCAAGAACUAUUUUGUUCGCCAAAAGGACCAGACAAAACCGGAAUUGGAAGCCAUCGUGCAGGAUGCAGACGCGAAACGUAUGCGAGGUGAGAAUCGACCCGAUCCACCUCCGCAUACGGCUGGUGGUCGUGGAAGACGAUAUGAUGUAUUGCCACCUGCACCAGGGCGACCGGGACCAUUUGGCGUUCCACCAGGUAUGGAAAUGCACAAUGAACCGCCACCGCCAGUCAAGCAGGACGCUGGACUGCCAGGCCGUGCGCCAGCGUACCCCGCCUACGGUGUCCCCAUUGCAAAGGCACCUGCACAGGGUCUUGGGCCGCCGGCAGGACAACCUGUCGGAGCCCAAGCCGCACCACCGCCAGUCGGCCCGCCGCUUUCUCCCUCCCGCACUGGACGUGGACCCCCGCCUGCCUUUGGAUUUCCGGACCGUGAGCGAGAUAUUCGCGGAUCCCUUCCACCGAAAGCACCUGGUGCUGGCAGUCCUGAUAUUCGAGAUCAGCGAGCCUUGCACGAGCGCCAGAAAGCAGAUCUUGCACUUCGCGAUUCUCACAUGCGCGAGAGAGAACGGGAGCGCGAUCUUAGUCGUCAGUCUAUGCGUGUUAAGCAAGAGGAGAUGGCACCCCAACAUGGAGGCUACGAGCCAUUUGGCCAUCGCCAACAGGCGAGCUUAGGACAAGGUAGACCUGAUCCACUGUCUCUUGGACGACCGGCAACGACAGAACCGUCACGCAACUAUGGCCAAGGGCCGCAGCCUGGCCGCGGAUUGCUUGGCGAUCCUGGCCCUGGCCACUCACCGCCUAUGGCGAGACCAAUGUCCACGAUGGGCUCGCGACCACCAUCUGGAGAGCUUUACCCUUCCCAUCCUCCUCCCCAAUCGAGUACUCCUGGGUCCGUUGGUGGCUUAGCGAAGCCUUCUGAGCCACGUAAGACGUCGAACAUCAUGUCUCUUCUGAAUGACGACCCUCCACCAGCACCAAAACGGGUCAGCGAAGUUGCGGCUCGAGCUGUCGCAACUCCACCGCCACAGCCCAUGUCGCGGCCGCCCCCCUCACAACAGCAGGCCGCGCCUUUGCGUCGUGAACCGGAGCCAGGGUAUCACUCAUAUGGUCGCAACCCUCCUCAAGCGGCUCCUGCAGGCAUGCCUUCGCUCAAGCCAUCGCAGCCUCCCCCAAUGUCGGGAUCGCGGAUGGCAAUGGAAGCUCAGCCCGAGCGUGAUUACUACCGAUCACAUGCAUACCCCUCUGUACAACAAAACACGGCCACGAACUCGCCGCCGACGGCCCCUCAUCGAUAUGCUCCUCCGCCUUCACAAGCAUACCAGCCGCAGCCUGGCUACCCGACUCAAUACGGCUCCGCGCCGCAACCGCACGCAGCCUCACCGCCUCCUCAGUAUGCCGGCCACGGAGCUCCCAGAGGACGGGACCAUGGGCCUCCUCCUCCGCAGAACGUUCGUGACCAGGGCUGGCCUUCUCAUCAGCAGCCUCCUGGCAACGGCUGGCAACAGGGCCCCGGGCCUAAGACGUCACAGGGCCCGCCACCACCGCAGUCGUGGUCUCCAGCUCCGCAAUCGCAGCACCCCUCCCAUCCACACACAGUUAGAGAUGAGCGAGCGUACAGCACGCAGCCCAUGCAGAGUCGCUACGCACCGCCGCCAGCAACCUCGCGGCCUCCUGACCCAGGGCCGCCUUACAACCGCUACUCGUCGACGCCCGUGCCACGUGAUCCGCGAGAAAUGCCCGGCCGGAGCUACACUCCCGUCGGUUAUGACAACCGAGGGCCGCCACCUCCUCCCCAGGGUCCAGGAGGGUAUCCGCAACCGGACCCGCGAGACCCAAGAGAUCCACGAGAUCCAAGAGACCCGCGGGAUAUGAUGUCGAGAGGACUGCGACCGCAAGACUCGUAUGACAGACGCCAGGAUCAAUAUAGACGGUGA